ACCAACAGACAAGGGGUCGCCCAGGGAAUUUUCUCGCGUCGGACCCAUAGCAAUCAAGCCCUGACAAUGGCGUCCGCGAGACCUCCCUCCACCAGACCAUCUCUCGCAGCCGCUGGCCGCUCGUUCCGGUCCCGAGGUAUAGAUAGCGCCCGUGCUCUGUGCAGAUCGAUGCGGUGUGCCAGCAGGCGGGGUCGUGCCUAGAGCCGCCGGGCAUGGACAGACGCAGAGCACCGGCGGCGGUGAAGCCGGAUCGCUGGGAUGCCGACGACGGCCCCGACGAGCUCGGGGUCUUCGCCGCCGAGCGCUACUUCUACGGGGACGACGCGCUGUGGUGCGAGCGCUCGUCGUCGUCGCUGUCGUCGUCCAUGUUCAGGACAGGGACGCUCGAGCACGACCGGUCUGUCGUCCCCACGCCCACGGCGGGCACCAGCUCGUCGGAGGCGAGCUGGAACAGCCGCUCCGCGCUGCUGCCCGUACCCAUCGAGCCAUCGGAUGAGAAGUUGCGCGCCGUCGCCGGCGCCGCCACUCCGGUCGCCGAAGCGGAGCCUUGUUCCGGGGCGGAGAGUGGGCGCGCCGAGCGCAGGCGCGCUUCUUCGUCUAACUCUAACAUGCGGCGGUGGCUGCUCGGCAUGGCGGGGUGCGCUUGCGGCCGUGGCGAUGGCGAGGAGUCGGUGAGCGCCGACGAAAUGGAAGCCGGCAACGACGUCCUCGGUGCCGGUGGCAAGAAAUGUAACACCGAAGCGAGCGAGGUGUUUCCACAAACAGAGAUGAUCCCGGAGCCCGUGUUCGAGGAGGACACCGCGGUCACGGUCAGGGCUGGCAGUGGCAGAUGGCUCCUCGAAGGCGACAAAGUCCUUGCCGGAAGGGAUGCGUUUUUUCCAGUUGAGAUCGCAGGGCACAGCCACCGCCGGGCAGCCAACUCGCUCGAAUUGCCCAUGCCGGUGGUCUUGCAUCCCGCAGCGACGGCCUCCUCCGGCGAGCGGCGGCGCGUGAAAUCUUUGGAAAAGUUCAGGCCGUUGGGCGACGACCAAGGGAGCGCGCUCGGUCCAGCGACGCAGAACUCUGCUUUUACAAUCGUCGCCGGAAAUUCUCCGCGCGGGGCCGCUGACGGCGGAGGGAGCCCAGGCGAGGACGACGACGCGGCUCCGAGCGAGCUCGGGUGCGCGUACCCACCGAGCGAGGCGAGCGUCGUCUGGAGCGUGGUCACCGCGGACGGCGCGGCGUCCGGCAACUUCUCCAGCGCGGCGUCGGGCUACUACUACCACUACUUCAACUACGGCGAGGACAGCACGUUGCGGCACGCCGCGGCGAAGAACGACCACCGGAGGAGGAGAAGCGGGAUCACCACCACCGGCAGCAGCCUGCUGAUGGCGUGCAUGAACGAGAAGGCGGUCGACGCUGUCGGGCCCGCUCGGUCCGUUCACCGGCCCGGAGGUCGAGCCGGCUGCCGCGGCGAGGCCGGGAGCUGUCGGCGGCAGCCGGAACGGCCAUGGUGGAGGGUACCAACACGACGUGAUGCGCCGCCGGGUAGGUAGGUAGGCGUUGGAUCCGGAGGCACGCGCCCGGUUGAGCGAUCUGUGCACGGGGCUGCCUGCAAGUACAAGUUGCUGUUUGAUUUUAGCUAAAUUUUCUAGGUUUUUUCAUGUGAGGAGAAGAGAACACUUGUUUUGGACAUAUAUUCUUAUCUUUUUGUUUUUUUUGGGUGAUGAUGAUGUUGUCUUGAGAACUGUUGGCAACUUGUACAUUGGUAGUAUUCGGUAACAAUACAGUUAUGAAAAGAAUUGCUUGCAAGUGGUCA